UUCUAGACCAGUAGCUAAUGGCCGUUGAAUGGGAAAUUUUGAAUCAGUUCUCGUAAUUCCCUGUAGUUUAGGUAGCUUCUGCAUUUGUAGACCAUUGUAAACCUCGAUUGAAGUCACAGGAUUAUCUAAAUACUUUGAAUAAAUUGCGGAGCUUGAACAUGGUGUAGUAAUUUGCUACUUACACCAGUACAUCGGAAAUGACAAAUGCCGUAGAGCUAGAGCUCGUUUCCAAAAAGCUGGACAUUGUCACUCUAAGGAUAGAGCACCCUGAAGAUGAGAAGACAAAGGAGAUUUGGGAACAUUAUUCGUCCAUUAGAAGAAUCAAGGGAGAUGGCAACUGUUUUUACCGAGGCCUAAUAUUUGGACAUCUGGAGUUAUUACUUCAAAAUGAGAGGGGUAUGCAAAUCUUCAAAGAUGAAUUAAUUCAGACUGGUAAAGAGCUCUUGCUUGCAGGCUUUCCUGAAAGCUCAUUUGAAGAUAUACUUAACACAUUUGUCAGUGUUUUGGAGCGCACUGAAGCAGAUAACCAGGACUCAACCCUGUUAAAGAUCUUCAAUGACCAGUGUAUCUCAGAUAGAAUGGUACAGUACCUUAGGCUGCUCACCUCAGCCUACCUACAGAACCACUCUGAAUUCUUCCAGCACUUCGUUGAGGCACCCAGCCUGAAGUCAUACUGCACCCAGGAAGUGGAAACGAUGGCGAUGGAGUGUGAUCAUGUGGAGAUCAUUGCCCUCUCUGAGGCCCUGGGGCUAAGUAUUCACAUUGUGUCCAUGGAAGCAGGUGAUGGGCAUCUCAUCCACCACACCAUUCCAGAGGGAGCCAUUCCCUCCCUGCAUCUCCUAUACAAGACCGCUCACUAUGACAUACUCUACCCACGAACACAUCCUGGAGAGUCUUAGGAGCAGACUUUCUUCUCAGGUUGGGUUAUAUUUAACCCUUUGAAGGGCAUUACAAUGUUCAGUUAAGAACAUUCUGAUCACAUAUUAAUAUAAAACCAUGCCUUGUUGACUUAACAAUACCACUGGCUUUGUAAUCCAUAAGUUUGUUCAAACACCACAAAGGUCCAUAGGAAGAAAUGUGUCCAGGGUUUUAUAGAAUUUUGCUGUCUUUUUAAAAUACAUAUUUUCAAUGUGCCCUACUGCUGUGCCAUAUGUAAAAUACACAUUGUAUAUUCAGAUAGUUUUCCAUGCCAUAUUUGAUAAACCUUUCAAAUAUAUUUUUUAAAAGUGAAAGAUGUAAUUAUAUACACAUGUAUAUUAAACCUCAAUUAAUUCAUUUCCAUUUGCACUGUUAUUACCCCUCAGGUGAAAAUAAACAGUUUGGAGGGUGAAAUCAUUGUGCAGGUUGCUGUGGCUUCUUUUGUGGCUUCUUCUUUGCCUUUUGUUUCUGACUGAUGACACUGUCGAUGGCGGUCCUGACAGUGGCCAGAGGCAGCUCGGGCAGGGAGAGCUUUCCCAUUUGCGUGGGGUACUUUGUCUUCAUCGAGUUCUUAAAGACGGGCUGAGACAGCAGGUGCUUCAGGUGCCUCUUCAUGCCCUUCACCAUCUUCUGCUGCUGCAUGUCGUCCUCUUCC